GUCAUCGCACAGCUCAGAUGUUUUGGGCAGAGAGAGACAUGAGCGCGCAGAGACUCGCUUCUUGCUUCUUGCUUCUGGGUUUGAUCUGGUUCACGAGCUGCGCGCCGCCGACCUGUUACUCGCGCGCUCUGGAGCUCAGCAAAGAAAUCAUGAGGGAUCUGGACAAAAUACAUAAACAUGAUCGCACGAAAACAUGCGCCGAGUCUCUGCCGAAGAUGUUUCUGGACGUGCACAACUCCUGCAUCCGCUCGAAGCUGCGUGAUUUCUUGUAUGUGACUGAGAAUCUUCCGACUGAAUCCUGCCGGGAGCGUCCUCUCAUCCGUCUCCUGAAGCGCCGCGUCCGGACCCUGCUCUCCAUCAUCACCCGCGCCUGCUAUCGGGAUCUGGUGUUUUACACAGAUGACUGUGAGGCUCUGGAAACAGGAAACAUCAGUCCUCGAUACUCCGAGGAUCGGCUGGAACACGUGAUAGAGGACGCCUGAGAGAAACAACUACAGCUCCAACACUCGCCCUGAUAUUACACCCAAACAUGUUCAACAAGCACUCAUACAGACAGGGAGUGUGUGUGUGUGUGUGUGUGAGAGAGAGAGAGAGAGAGAGAGUGUGUGUGUGUGUGUGAGAGAGAGAGAGAGAGAGAGAGAGAGAGUGUGUGUGUGUGAGAGAGAGAGAGAGAGUGUGUGUGUGUGUGUGUGUGUGAGAGAGAGAGAGAGAGAGAGAGAGAGUGUGAGUGAGUGAGUGAGAGUGUGUGUGUGUGUGUGUGUGUGUGUGUGUGAGAGAGAGAGAGAGAGAGAGAGAGAGAGAGAGUGUGUGUGUGUGUGUGUGUGAGAGAGUGAGAGUGUGUUUGUGUGUGUGAGAGAGAGAGAGUGUGUGUGUGUGUGUGUGUGUGUGUGAGAGAGAGAGAGAGUGUGUGUGUGUGUGAGUGUGUGUUUGUGUGAGAGAGAGAGAGAGAGAGAGAGAGAGAGAGAGAGAGAGAGUGAGUGUGUGUUCUGCUGAACAUGGUGUUUUUGAAAGAACUGGUUUUGGCUGGUAAUGCCCAGUUCUAGGUGAGGUUCUCUUUUAAAGAGUAUCUGUGUGUGUGUGUUUAUUUGUGUGUGUGUUUAUUUGUGUGUGUGUGUGUGUGUCCAUGCAUUCCACUAGUGAGGGAAAAACAUUCCACAGGAAAUGAUCUAAAUGCGGUCGUUCAUCUCAGUUCAGUAAUAAGCGCUGGUUACAUGGCUGUAUGUUUGGCUCAUUGACCGCGACGUAAGUGAGAGAUUUAGUGUGUGUACAAAAACCACACAAACUUGUUAGUAUUGUAUUUCAUUACUGAAAGUUACUUAAUAAAUGACAGAAACGCUGUGAUUAAAGGCUGAGGUGGUGAAGAGAUGCAGAAGAGUUGUGAUAAUGUGACGGGACUCAAAUUUCACACGGCACGCAAGCAAAAGAAGAAAGAACUACUAUUUUUAUAGUGAAUAAUGAGGUUUUUUCUUUUCAAAGUUCUUCUGGAAACAGUGUGAGAUGGUUGUGCGCUGCAGCGAUGUUUCUGGAAGCACCUGGAGACAAACAUGACCUGCUUCUCCACUCGGUUUGGCCGUGGAUUCACAUCCAUCUGUCGCUGCGUGUGGAGCCACUCGUUAAAUCAGUUACAGAACGACCGUCAGGAGAGAGACAUUAAUCAUCUGUCCUUCACACAGAGCCUGUUCUCUUCCUGAAUUCACCUUCACUCGGGAAUUACAGCUGAAGUCAAAAAUUAAGACAAAAAUGUGAACCGAAGGUUAGCAGCCUGUAUAAACAGAAAGUCAUCAGGAUCGACAGAGAAAGUUUCCAUGAGCCCAAUGAGUGAUCGGUGCUCUUUUAUAGGGACAGAAUAAUAAACCAGUUUUUAUACAAUAAUCAGAGAAGGUAGUUUGGCAGGAAAAGAAUGCACAUUUAUGAGUAAUGCCAGCGCUGACCACAUUAGCUGAGAACAAGCGAAACUAUUUACAGUCAUCACCAGAAACAGGCUAUCUGCAGAUUUCACUACAUUGCAUGUGCAUUCAAAUGAAAUACCAUACUAUAUAUGCCUAAUAUAUCACGUGAUAUUUUCCAAUAUACUGCAAUAUAUUUUUGUUUCAUAAGAGAGAGCUGGGACUGCAGAUAGAGCCCACUCUCUCACUUCUCUAUGUUCACUGAUUUAAUGUUUAAUGAAACACUUUCGUUCCUCUUUAUUAGUGUAUGUUACUCCUCCAUCACCCUGAGAAAAACUUGAGAUUUACUAAAGAUAUCUUAAUGCCCUUUUAGAUGUUGGCUCUUAAUAAACUCUCCUUUUGGCAUCUUCACUUCAA